AUCCCCUUUCCUUCUCAUUAUUUCUGCCUCAGUCUGUGAUCUCUUCUGACCCCACCGAACACCAAGAAGAAAAUGGCCAUGACUGGAGCCCUGGUGCUGAGACUCUUCUUCAUGGCUGUCCUGAUGGGCCCCCAAAAGUCAUGGGCUAUCAAAGAGGAACACACCAUCAUCCAGGCGGAGUUCUUCCUUUCCCCAGAUGAAAAAGGGGAGUAUAUGUUUGAUUUCGAUGGCGACGAGAUUUUCCACGUGGACAUCGCAAAGUCGGAGACCAUCUGGAGACUUGCAGAAUUUGGAAAGUUUGCCAGCUUUGAAGCUCAGGGUGCCUUGGCCAACAUAGCUGUCGACAAAGCUAACCUGGACAUCAUGAUAAAGCGCUCCAACCACACCCCAGAUGCCAACGUAUCCCCGGAGGUGACUGUGCUCCCCAACAGUCCAGUGAGCCUGGGGGAGCCCAACAUCCUCAUCUGCUUCGUCGACAAGUUCUCCCCACCGGUGGUCAAUGUCACCUGGCUUCGGAAUGGACAGCCUGUCACCACGGGCGUGUCAGAAACAGUCUUUCUCCCCAGGGAGGACCACCUCUUCCGCAAGUUCUACUACCUGACCUUCCUGCCGACCACCGAAGACGUCUAUGACUGUGUGGUGGAUCACUGGGGAUUGGAUGAGCCUCUGCUCAAGCACUGGGAGUUUGAAGAGCACACCCCCCUCCCAGAAACUAAAGAGAACGUGGUGUGUGCUCUCGGGCUGUUUGUGGGUGUAGUGGGUAUCAUCGUUGGGGUUGUCUUCAUCAUCAAGGGUAUGAAAAAACGCAAUGCUGCAGAACGCCGCCGCCAAGGAGCCCUUUGAGAUGCCUGGAGGCGAUGCCUUCAGUAGAAGCUGAAUGAGGAAACUUGCUGUGACAACGGACCCUUUUCUCCGUUCUUCACCUCAGCGGAGACCGGUGUGUUCUGCAGUUUCAGCCUUAAGCCUCAGCAAUGGCGACGGGCGCGACCGUCUGGCUGGGAUUCUCUGUCUCCUUCCUGCAUUUAUUUUCUAUUUCCCACCAUUUAUAGCCACCACCUAAUUCCUGUGACAAAUAUUUCAGAGUUCUUCCUGUGCUGUGGAACGUUCUGAGCACACGGCUGUUUCUCCAAACUGUGUGUGCAUGUUUUUUUUUGUUUUGUUUUGUUUUGUUUUUACAAAUAAUAAAUAUCUUGGAUGGGU